CAACAAUUGAUUUAAUUGAAAACACCAAUUUUGGGUUUUAAAAUCUUUUAGUAUGUUGUAGAUGUCAUAAUUAUUGAUAUUAUGGGUUAAAAUGAAGUGAUAAUUUUUUUGACCAAGUUGUUAAAAGAGACAUUAAAAUGAAGGUAAGCAACACAACAAUGAAAAUGACUCCCUUGCCAAGAAUUGCGACAGGAUCAAUGAGCAAGUUGAUUCUCCACCUCUGGUGGCUUCUCUGUCUUCGAUACCAGCAUGGAUUCAGGGUGAAGAGGAGCACAUCGGUGUAUCCAGCAAGUCGUCCUUUUCCUCCUCUGAUUCUCACCAUCGAUGGAAACGAUUUUGGGUAUUUCAUCUGUCAUCUAAAAGCAAUGAGGGCGAGUGAAGCAGCAAGCACCAUUGAAUGCCGAGUGGUGAACCCUUUGAAUGAGUGUCACGGUUUUGAUGCUGCUCCUUUUUCCAUGUUCCGCGUUCCUAACCUCGAUUAUGUGGUGCUUUUUUGGUGUUCAACACCGCAGCACAUUGAUUAUGGUGGUGAAUCACCCCCCAUGAGGUCAAUGUUAGUAGGUUUUGGUUGCUCAAAAGUUCCUUCUUAAUGAUAGUGUUUUUUUCUCUGCAAUUUUAGGGUGAGUCUAAUUCUUCCACUACAUUUUGUUCAACAUUUUUUCUCCUUUCGUUUCAUUUUGUAUUAUGCAUUGAGUGAAAUUAUGUUAUUAUUGAUGAAGGUUUGAUCUCUCAAGUUCUGAAAUUAUGUUUUGCUACUGAUGUUGUGGGUCUCUCUUGAGGUCCUAUUUUCAUGUGAGUAUGUCUUCCAUUGUUUGUUUUAUGCCAAAAUAAUUUACUAAACAUAUGACUUUGCCUAUUGUAGCAGAUAAUGUUUGCCUGAAUAUAUCACGCCAUGGUUCAGCAAAAUUUUAUUUUAUAUAUUCAAUCUCCAAUACUCAGGACUAGGCUCCUCCACCUUCCUCCUUGCUUGCAAAAUCUGGCGGUGCCAAGAAGAAGGUUUGCGUUUCUCUCUUUUUUUUGGUUUCGUUUCUUUUUCUCCCCUUAAUGUAAUAUCUCUUGAUGGGAGUAAUCGGUUGGAUUUUUUUUAUUAUCCAUGAUGGGUGUCAGAGCUCACAUAAAAAAUUUGAUACCAAUCAUUUUCUACAAAGAAUAAAUUUUUGUUAUGAUUUAUGCAAUAUGAAAGAUGGGGUGUGUGGUAUAAAGGUCAUAUAUUUGUGCUAACCAUAGGUGGAGCAAGGGAUCGAAAAAGGAUCAAGCCAGCUAUGACAAGCUUUUCACUGAAGCACCCAAAUACAAACUCCUCACUCCUUCCAUUCUCUCUGAAGUCUGAUUGUUUAAGGAUGUCUCUUUUUCUCCCUGUCUUUUAGUUAGUUCUGAUAUAUAUUAUUCAUGUUGAUGAGGAAUCAUGUGUUGGUGUUGUUUUGGUGCAUGUUCUGUGUUAUGGUCACAUUUGAUCUCAUUUCGUACUUGACGCUGAGACAGGUGGAGUUGUCGGAGUAAGACCAAACAAUGGUGGAUGAAUGUUUAAUGGCAAGAUUUCGCUUGACAAAAAGGUUUGCUUUCUGUUUCUUUGAUUUACAUCUUUGUGCCUUUAGGUAAUGCCAUCUGCUUCUAUAUUUAUUUUUCUAUUAUCUCAUUAAAAAAACCUAUUUUUCCUUACUAUUGUUUUAUACAUGUUCCGCUCCUCUGCUGCGUGUAAUGAACACAAGUGGAGAUGAUCAGGAAGUGGGGGUCCUGGAGUUUAUCAGGUAAACUUCUUUAUUAACUACUUUAUCCAUCUCUUAUGGUCAAGAAUCUUGGUCCACUGAUUGCGCUCCAAAAACAUGCUUUUCUGACACUUUUGUGAGGAGGCUGGGUUUGUGGAUGUUGCCCAUGUUCCUAAGCUUUCAAUGCUGGAAAUAUUUCAUGGACUGCAGGUACAUCCAACUUCACAAAGCUGUAAAGUGUACCAAGAUAUAGAAAAACUAUAAAUUGUAUCAAGUUUUCAUGUUUUCUCAACUUUCUUUCUUUUGUGGGCUUAGGAUUUCCAACCACUAAAGCUAUCAGUUGUAAUCAGGUUGAUUAUAUAUUUAGCAGAAUUAUCAUGGUAGCACAUGUAUGUAAUAUUUAGCAGUUUCAUCACGAUUUU